GCAUUCUCCACGACCUCCGUCCGCGCGCGCGCCAAGACCAUGGGCCAGCUCCGCGCCCGCAACUCCACCGGUCCGUUCUCGUGGAAGGCGGCGCUGCUCUUUGUGCUUACCGGCGGGGCGAUGAUCAUUUACUUCCGGGUGGAGAAGGAGCGGUUGGAGCGGAAGAGGAUUGCGGAGAUGAGCAAGGGAGUUGGGAAGCCGAAGGUUGGGGGCCCGUUUGUGUUGAAGGAUUUGGAUGGGCAGGAGUUUACGGCGGAGGAUUUGAAGGGGAAGUAUAGUUUUGUUUACUUUGGGUUCACUCAUUGUCCGGAUAUCUGCCCCGAUGAGUUGGACAAAAUGGCCGAGAUCAUCGACCAGGUCAAGGCCGCCACCAAGGGCGAGAAUAUCUUCCUCCCCGUGUUCAUUACCUGCGACCCCGCGAGAGAUACGCCCGAAGUGCUCCGGACUUAUCUGCAGGAGUUCCACAAGGAUAUCAUCGGGUUAACGGGGACGUAUGAGGAGGUGAAGCAUGUGUGCAGGCAGUACCGGGUUUACUUUAGUACGCCGCGGGAUGUGAAGCCAGGAGAGGACUACCUGGUUGACCACAGCAUUUACUUUUAUCUGAUGGAUCCCGAGGGCGACUUUGUUGAAUGUAUCGGACGCCAGGAUACACCGGACACCGCGACAAACACGAUCAUGGAACAUAUCAACGACUGGAAGAGAGAGGGCAAGCCAUUGAAGAGGGAUUAA